UGAUAACUUCACUUUACAUUAUAAAAAAAGUAUUAUUAUAUGUUUGCUUAUGCUCGUUAUUUUAAUUAUUGUUUAGAAACCGCAACUUUAUUUGUAACUGAAAAGAAACGAAGUUAUAAAAUAAAAAUAGUUAACUUAAAACAUAAUGUAACAAUUAUCAAAAUAUUUUGAAAUAAAUAUCAUGUCAUGCGUACAGUGUCGCAUAUUAAGCACUUCCAAAUGUAUGAUGUCAGAAUCUCUUAGUUAAAGCUAAUAUAAUAUUUUCUUGUAAAAACAAAUAUAGAGAUAAAAUAUUCUACAAAAAUGAAGACGGCUUUAAUGGUGGCUGAAAAACCAUCUUUGGCAGCUUCGUUAGCCAAUAUUUUAAGUAAUGGUCGGUGUACAUCUCGGAAAGGUUUAAAUGGAUCUUGUUCAAUACACGAAUGGAUAGGUCAAUUCAGAUCUGAGACUAUAAAUUUUAAAAUGACUUCUGUCUUUGGUCAUGUUAUGACAUUAGAUUUUAUUGGCAAAUAUAAUAACUGGGAUAAGGUUGAUCCUGCAGAGUUAUUUUCAUGCCCAACUGAAAAAAAGGAAGCAGUUCCUAGAUUGAAAAUCCCUUACCUUUUGGCUAAGGAAGGAGCUCAUUGUGAUUAUUUAAUAUUAUGGCUAGAUUGUGACAAAGAAGGUGAAAAUAUCUGUUUUGAAGUUAUACAUGCAGUCCAGCAAGGAAUGAAUAGGAGAUUAAAUCCAAAUGAUAUUUGGAGGGCAAGGUUUUCUGCUAUUACAGAGAAGGACAUAAAAGCUGCAUUGACAAAUCUGAUAAAGCCAAAUGAAAAUGAAGCAAAGAGUGUUGACGCUCGACAAGAAAUAGAUCUACGAAUUGGUUGUGCUUUCACAAGGUUCCAGACAAAAUUUUUUCAGGGUAAAUACGGAGAUUUAGAUGUGUCUCUUAUUUCCUAUGGUCCUUGUCAAACACCAACGUUAGGAUUUUGUGUGCAAAGGCAUGAUGAAAUUCAAACAUUUAAGCCAGAUCCUUACUGGGUUCUACAGGUUACAGUUAAAUCAUCCGAUGGCCAAGACAUUAUUUUGAGUUGGAGCCGUGUACGAUCUUUUGACAAGGAGAUAGCAAAUAUGUUUCUGAGUCACGUGAAAGAGUAUGACCAAGCAACGGUUAUAAGCGUAGAAAGUACAGAAAAGACGAAAUCGCGACCUAUAGCUUUAAAUACAGUAGAGUUAAUGAGAAUAGCAAGUUCGGGUUUAGGAAUGGGUCCCCAUCACGCUAUGCAGAUUGCAGAACGUCUUUAUACUCAAGGGUACAUAAGUUAUCCUCGAACUGAGACAACAUUAUACCCAGAAAAUUUCGAUUUGCUUGCAGCAUUGAAGCAACAGCAGAACAAUCCCGAUUGGGGCGAUCAAGUUCGUAAAAUAUUAGCAACGGGCAUUAAUAGACCGAAAAAAGGGCUUAAUGUUGGAGACCAUCCUCCUAUUACUCCAAUGAAACAUGCUACCCGAAACGAUCUCGAUGGUGAUACAUGGAGAUUAUAUGAUUAUAUAACUCGACAUUUUAUAGCCACUCUGGCUCACGAUUGUAAAUAUUUGAGUACCACGGUUAAGUUUGAAAUAGGAAUGGAAGUGUUUACGGCGAAUGGUCAUAGUUCAAUAGAUCCUGGAUAUACUAACAUACUUACAUGGCAAGCACUUGGAAGCAACGAUACUCUACCCAGAUUUACACCGGGUGAAAAAGUCAAUAUACAAGAGACGAAGUUAGUCGAAUGUUAUACACAACCUCCAGAUUAUUUGACAGAAUCUGAAUUAAUAUCACUUAUGGAAAAACACGGUAUUGGAACUGAUGCUUCUAUUCCAGUACAUAUAAACAAUAUAUGUAUGCGAAAUUAUGUUAAUGUAGCAACUGGCAGAAAAUUAGUUCCGACAUCUUUAGGAAUUGUGUUAGUUCACGGAUAUCAAAAAAUAGAUCCUGAGCUAGUUCUACCUACGAUGAGAUCCGCAGUAGAGGAGCAAUUAAAUCUAAUAGCUUUAGGUAGAGCAGACUUUCACGCUGUGUUACAACAUACCGUUGAAAUUUUCAAACAAAAAUUUCAUUAUUUUGUAAAAAGUAUCGAAGCGAUGGAUCAGUUGUUUGAAGUUUCAUUUUCUCCUCUUUCUGCAUCAGGAAAAGCUCACUCCAGAUGUGGAAAAUGUCGACGUUACAUGAAAUAUAUACAAACAAAACCGUCAAGAAUGCACUGCGCACAUUGCAACGAAACGUACAAUCUCCCACAAAACGGGAAUAUUCGAAUUUAUAAAGAAUUAAAGUGUCCAUUAGACGAUUUCGAAUUACUCUCAUGGUCCACUGGUGCACGGGGAAAAAGUUAUACAUUUUGUCCAUAUUGUUACAAUAAUCCCCCAUUUAGAGAUAUGAAAAAGGGAAUGAGUGGUUGCAAUUCUUGCACACACCCGACCUGUCCACAUGGCAUGAAUUCUAAUGGUUUAUCGAGUUGUUUAGAGUGUAAUGCCGGUAUACUCGUCCUCGAUCCUUCGGCUGCACCAAAAUGGAAACUUGUGUGCAAUCGUUGUGACGUUAUUAUUCAUUUAUUCGAAAAUGCCCACAAAGUGACGGUUGAUACUGAGGUGUGCGACUGUGGGGCUCAAUUAGUUACCGUAGAAUAUAAACAGGAAAAAAGCAAGCUUCCCAAUGAAGCUACGGAGAUGACCGGUUGCGUUUUUUGCACACCAGCUUUCAUGGCUCUUGUGGAAAAGCAUCGUGCAGUCGCCUCAAAACCGGUUACAACUCGUGGCCGUGGUCACGCUAAAGGCCGUAGUCGGGGUAAACCCCGUCCACCGAAAGAUAAGAUGGCACAAUUGGCUGCGUAUUUUGUAUAAUUGAUUCCAUUUGUAAAUGAAGUACAUAGAUGACACUAAUCCCUUCCUAUUCACACUUUGACACUCGCUAUUGCGAUAUAUCUCGAAAAUAAAUCGAACUCUAUUUACUACCUCAA